GGAGGUGCAGGGUGUGAGCUAAUGGAGACACAGCAUUGCUGCCUGUCAGGGUAGCACGGACCGACCUUAGCUGACUGCUGUGGCUCAGCUGUGUGUGCCCCAGCACUGCUUCCUCCUGCAGGGUCUCAGGAAAACUUUCAUUUGAGGACUCUGGCAACUCAUAAUCACAAGUUGUCAUCCUUCUAGGCCUUGCCUGUGGAAGGUUCCUGAGUCAGCUGGAGGACAGCAGUAGCUGAGGUGGAUUAACACUGGAAUGUAGGCAGGGGCUGGAGCACUUGGGAGCUAUGCUUAGACAGAAAGGGAAAGAGCAGGACAUGAUCCUCCUCCUGUGCCCGGGCUGGGGGCUCCCCCAGUAGGUGCCACAUCCCCCUGAGCGGGCGGCCUGCAAGAGAGUUGGCUUUGGAGGCUUUUGCAGGAAACUUGUCCAAUGAGUCUGAGACGCCCAAGCACCAUCAAUUUUGGAGGAAAAAGAUGGAGUAUUGCAUGCUGGGAACAAGUGCUUUCCAAAAGGUACAGCAGCAGCUCAUGAUGCCCCGUAAAGCUUUUCUUUCCCAGAAAGAAAAGCAGGCUCGUGCCAGGGAAAGGGAUAUGUUAAAAAAGAGGAGGAGGCGACAAGACUAUCUCAAAAGAAGCGUGGAACCACAGAAAAAUACUGAAACAAUAAAAUGGCACAGGGAUGAUGAGAAGAGGAGAGAAAAUGAGCAAGUUAAGGACAAAGAUAUCAAGAAGCGGUGGAGACAGGAUGAGAGAGAACGACGAAAGAAUGUGGACGCUAUGAAUUGGCACAGGGAAGAGGAGAAGAGGGAAAAUGAGCGAGAAACUAUGUUCCAACUUCCUGUCAACAACCUUGGCAGUUUAAGAAAGGCCCGGAAAACUGUGAAAAAAAUCCUUAGUGACAUUGGUUUGGAAUACUGUAAAGAACAUAUAGAAGAUUUUAAGCAGUUUGAACCUAAUGACUUUUAUUUGAAAAACACUACAUGGGAGGAUGUAGGACUGUGGGACCCAUCGCUUACGAAAAACCAGGACUAUCGGACAAAGCCCUUUUGCUGCAGUGCAUGUCCAUUCUCCUCGAAGUUCUUUUCAGCCUACAAAAGCCACUUCCGGAAUGUUCACAGCGAAGACUUUGAGAACAGGAUUCUCCUCAACUGUCCCUACUGUACCUUCAACGCGGACAAAAAGACUUUGGAAACGCACAUUAAAAUAUUCCAUGCUCCCAAUGCCAGUACACCGAGUGGAGGCAUCAGCACUUUCAAAGAUAAAAACAAACACGAGAGCCUUAAACCCAAGCAGGCUGACAGUGUGGAACAAGCUGUUUAUUACUGUAAGAAGUGCACUUACCGCGACCCGCUCUACGAGAUCGUUCGAAAGCACAUUUACAGGGAACAUUUUCAGCACGUUGCUGCUCCUUACAUAGCGAAGGGAGGGGAAAAGUCCCUCAAUGGUGCGGUUCCAUUGAGCUCCGGUGCCCGAGAGGAGGGGGGGAUCCACUGCAAACGAUGCCUUUUCAUGCCGAAAUCCUACGAAGCUUUAGUGCAGCACGUGAUCGAAGACCACGAACGGAUCGGAUACCAGGUCACUGCAAUGAUAGGUCACACUAAUGUCGUGGUUCCAAGGUCUAAACCUUUGAUGCUCAUAGCUCCAAAACCCCAGGAUAAAAAGCCUAUGGGGCUCCCCCAGAGGAUGGGUGCCCUCUCCGCUGGAAGUGUCCGGUCUCUCUCGUCACAGCAGAUGAUGAACAGACUCACUAUACCAAAGCCUACGUUAAAUUCCACAGGAGUGAAUAUGAUGUCAAAUGUUCACCUACAACAGAACAAUUACGGGGUCAAAUCAGUGCCCCCGAGUUACGUUGGGCAGCCGGGGGGGAGGCUCAGCCUCAGUGGGAACACGCCCGUUUCUCUUUCCCAGCAAUCACAAACCAUGAAACAGUUUUCAGCGAGUGGGAAUGGAAGGCCUUACACCCUUGGAGGGGAGCAGAGGUCCCAGGCCUCAGCAAGGUACUCGCUGCAGUCUGCCAACUCCUCCUCGCUGUCCUCGACGCAGCUCAAACAGACCUCGUUGUCCCAGUCACAGGCAGCGACCAGGGCUUUGGGCCAGUCUGGCUCCAAAUCCCCUGUGGCUGCUACAGGCCCUUCCUCUGUCAAUACAUCAUCCACACAGAAGUGGAAAAUCUGUACAAUCUGCAACGAGCUGUUCCCUGAAAACGUGUACAGUGUCCACUUUGAAAAGGAGCACAAGGCUGAGAAGGUGCCUGCGGUCGCCAACUACAUAAUGAAGAUCCACAACUUCACUAGCAAAUGUCUCUACUGUAACCGCUACCUGCCCACCGACACGCUGCUCAACCACAUGCUGAUCCACGGCCUGUCCUGCCCCUACUGCCGCUCCACCUUCAACGACGUGGAGAAGAUGGCUGCUCACAUGAGAAUGGUUCACGUGGACGAAGAAAUGGGACCUAAGACUGAUUCCACUCUAACCUUUGACUUGACGUUGCAGCAGGGCGGUCACACGAACAUACAUCUCCUUGUAACCACCUACAACCUGCGAGAUGCUCCCGCUGAAUCCGUAGCUUACCAUGCUCAGAACACUCCCCCCAUUCCGCCAAAACCACAGCCCAAAAUCCAGGAGAAGUCUGACAUACCCGUCAAAAGUUCUCCACAAGCAGCAGUGCCGUACAAAAAAGAUGUGGGGAAAACUCUGUGUCCUCUGUGCUUUUCAAUCCUGAAAGGACCCAUCUCUGAUGCUCUUGCACAUCACCUACGGGAGAGGCAUCAGGUGAUCCAGACAGUUCACCCCGUGGAGAAGAAGCUGACCUACAAGUGCAUCCACUGCCUCGGGGUGUACACGAGUAACAUGACGGCCUCGACCAUAACGCUGCACCUGGUGCACUGCAGAGGGGUGGGCAAGACCCAGAACGGGCAGGACAAGGGCACGUCCCGGCUCGGACAGUCCCCGGCCGUGGCGCCGGUGAAACGCACCUACGAGCACGUGGAGUUCCCACUCAUGAAGAAAAGGAAGAUGGAUGACGAGGACUCCCCCUCUGGCUUUGAGGAGAAGCCUGAAGAACCCGUAGUUCUCGCACUGGACCCCAAGGGUCAUGAAGAUGAUUCCUAUGAAGCCAGGAAAACGUUUCUUACAAAAUAUUUCAAUAAGCAACCCUACCCCACGAGGAGAGAGAUCGAAAAGCUGGCGGCCAGUUUGUGGCUCUGGAAAUCUGAUAUCGCUUCUCACUUCAGUAACAAAAGGAAGAAAUGUGUUCGGGACUGUGAGAAGUACAAACCCGGGGUGCUGCUCGGCUUCAACAUGAAAGAGCUCAACAAAGUCAAACACGAAAUGGAUUUUGAUGCUGAAUGGCUGUUCGAAAACCACGAUGAAAAGAACUCCAGAGUCAAUGCCAGUAAGACUGUUGAUAAAAAAAUCAACUUAGAAAAAGACAAUGAGAGUUCCUCAGACAGCUAUGAAAAUAUAGAGGAGGAAUACAACGAAAGCCGUAGUCCCUUCGGUCAGCGCAUCUCUGACGUUGGUGGGAAACCCACAUCUGAUGGCACAGGGGAGAACCCCGAGGACAGCAUAUCCAAGGAAAUCGUGGAAGAAAAUGCAUUACAGUCUCCAGAGAAAUCUGACCAAAAACAAGAGGAAAGCUCUAAAUAUGAAGAGAUUAUUUCUGCUGAAGAACCAACAAAACUGGUAGGGGACAUUUCGGAUAGCGAAGGUGAUCAGGAUGAUGCUGUGGAAUGGAAGGAUGGAGCUUCCCAGUCUGAAAGUGGGCCUGGUUCCCAGCAGGUCUCAGAUUUUGAAGAUAAUACAUCAGAAGUAAAACCAGAAGUGUGGACAGAUGAAUCCUCCCAAAGUGAAGAUGCUGGGAGCAGUAAACCAGCUGUCGAGGCCAAAGGGGGCGGAUCCGAAAGCGAUGAAGAACAGUCAAAGUGGAAGAAUCGUUCCUAUGGAAAAGUAGAAGAGUUUUGGUCUAAGGACCAGUCGCAAUGGAAGAACACAUCGGAGAUGGAGGAGAGCCUGUCCAGUCAGCAGAUGGAGUGGCAGAGCAGCGCGAUGGACAGCGAGGACGGGGAGCCCUUCGCGGGCGUGGCGGCCGCCGUGGCGAAGCAGGCACGCAGCCUGCCGGCGUGGAGCUGA